AAUUUCAACCUCUGCGGCGCACAGUCAGUCUAUUCGUCUCGUUUCCAGUCCUGGGUCAGGCGAGUAGCCACCCGGGACUGCAGUUUUUUGACUGCAGUUUUCUUUCUUUUUUUUUUAUACAAGAGUCGGGUCUCCCGGGCUCUCAGCAGGGAGACUCACACCCGUCUCCUCUUUGUCGAGCAACGAGCCGUGUGUUAGCAGAGUAUCCAGUCAACAUCUCGCCUUUUAUCACUCGGACGUCUACGAUCCUUCGACAGUUUCGUUGCAAACCCACGAAUAUUGCUGUUACAGCGAAUGCGUGGAUAACGAUGCAAUCGUCGAUAGCGCCCGUCCGGUAUCUGAAGAUUCAACUCGAACUCAGCAAGACCGCGCCCCAGGCUACGGCCCUUUCAACGCCGACAACCUCCCCCAGUCUCCCAUACCGGAUUCUGACCACCAUGCUUGGGAAGAAGACCGGCAGCCUCACAGCACGCUGCCGGUUGAAGACCCACCAACAAUCUCGGUAGAAACUUUAUUGAAACACUCUCCAGAUAAUGGAGAAGGCUCCCCAGACAAUGGAAAUCGCUCUCCAGACAAUGGAAAUCGCCGUCUCCAUUGUGGCACUUGCCCCGAGACUUUUGCCAGCAAGAGCAACUUGACGCGGCAUGUCAAAGAAAAACACGACAUCCCAUUCAUUUGGG